CAGGUGGAGUCUCCCGGCUGUUCAGCUCCGUUGUGGCGGCCGAUAUGGGCGGUGCGACCCGGGGCAGCGAAUAAGGUCCGGAACCGGAGUCUCACUCAGACACAUGCACGCGUGCGCGCGCGCCCGGUGUUGCCGAGGGACAGCAGAGUGCAUCACAAGCACAGUGCGCAUCUCUGUCCUCACAGCAUCCGAAAUCAUGUAGACUCCAAAGCAGGAUUCACUGCUCGUCCUUUACCGGAUCGUUACAGUCAUUGUCCAGUCUCCCGGUGAGGAGGAGUCGGUAUGGCUGGGGGUCGCCGAGGACUCGUGGCCCCUCAGAAUACUUUUCUAGAGAAUAUCGUCCGGAGGUCCAACGACACCAAUUUUGUUUUGGGGAAUGCCCAGAUUGUGGAUUGGCCCAUUGUCUACAGUAACGAUGGAUUCUGCAAGCUCUCAGGCUACCAUCGAGCUGAAGUCAUGCAGAAGAGCAGCACUUGCAGCUUCAUGUAUGGGGAACUCACUGACAAGGAGACGUAUGAGAAAGUGCGCCAGACCUUUGAGAAUUAUGAAAUGAACUCCUUUGAAAUUCUCAUGUACAAGAAGAACCGAAUGCCUGUGUGGUUCUUUGUGAAGAUCGCCCCCAUCCGCAAUGAGCAGGACAAAGUUGUGCUUUUCCUAUGCACGUUUAACGACAUUACUGCGUUUAAGCAGCCCAUCGAAGACGAUUCAUCUAAAGGAUGGGCUAAGUUUGCCCGUCUUACUCGCGCUUUGACGAGCAGCCGUGGCGUCCUUCAGCAGCUGGCUCCUACUGUUCAUAAAGGAGAGAACGUCCACAAGCACUCUCGUUUGGCUGAGGUAUUGCAGUUGGGAUCAGACAUCCUCCCCCAGUACAAACAAGAGACACCCAAGACGCCACCCCACAUCAUCCUGCAUUAUUGCACCUUCAAGACCACCUGGGACUGGGUGAUCCUCAUCCUCACCUUCUACACGGCCAUCAUGGUACCCUACAAUGUCUCCUUCAAGACCAAGCAGAACAACGUCACCUGGCUGGUGGUAGACAGCAUCGUGGACGUCAUCUUCCUCGUGGACAUUGUGCUGAAUUUCCACACGACAUUUGUGGGUCCAGCUGGGGAGGUGAUAUCAGACCCGAAACUUAUCCGCAUGAACUAUGUGAAAACCUGGUUUGUUAUCGACCUGCUUUCCUGCCUUCCCUAUGAUGUCAUCAACGCUUUUGAGAAUGUAGAUGAGGGCAUUAGUAGCCUCUUCAGCUCUCUGAAGGUGGUACGUCUCCUGCGUUUGGGGCGUGUGGCUCGCAAGCUGGACCACUACAUCGAGUAUGGAGCGGCAGUGCUGGUGCUGCUGGUGUGUGUGUUUGGCCUCGCCGCCCACUGGCUGGCCUGCAUCUGGUACAGCAUUGGUGACUAUGAGGUCAUCGAUGAGGAGGCCAAUGUGGUGCGCACCGACAGCUGGCUGUAUCUGCUGGGCGAGGGAAUGGGCAUGCCAUACCGCUUCAACACCAGUGGUACAGGCAAGUGGGAGGGUGGCCCCAGCAAGGACUCGGUAUACAUCACCUCACUGUACUUCACCAUGACCAGCCUGACCAGCAUCGGGUUUGGCAACAUCGCACCCACUACGGACGGGGAGAAGAUUUUCGCUGUGGCCAUGAUGAUGAUCGGAUCCCUACUGUACGCCACCAUCUUCGGAAACGUGACCACUAUCUUCCAGCAGAUGUACGCUAACACUAAUCGCUACCAUGAGAUGCUGAACAGUGUGAGAGAUUUCCUGAAGCUCUACCAGGUCCCUAAGGGGCUUAGUGAGAGAGUAAUGGACUACAUUGUCUCCACUUGGUCCAUGUCCAGGGGAAUCGACACUGACAAGGUGUUGCAGAUAUGCCCGAAGGAUAUGCGAGCGGAUAUUUGUGUCCAUCUCAACAGGAAGGUGUUCAAAGAGCAUCCUGCGUUCCGCUUGGCUAGCGAUGGGUGUUUGAGGGCUCUUGCCAUGGAGUUUCAGACCAUUCACUGUGCUCCAGGGGACCUAAUCUACCACGCAGGCGAAAGUGUGGACAGUCUCUGCUUUGUGGUGUCGGGAUCCCUGGAGGUCAUUCAAGAUGAUGAGGUGGUUGCCAUAUUGGGAAAAGGUGAUGUGUUUGGAGAUGUGUUCUGGAAGGAAGUGAACUUAGCACAGGCCUGUGCCAAUGUCCGUGCGCUAACCUACUGUGAUCUUCAUAUCAUCAAACGUGAUGCCUUACAGAAAGUCCUGGAGUUCUACACAGCCUUCUCGAAUCACUUCUCACGCAACCUGGUGCUCACCUACAAUCUGAGGAAGAGGAUAGUCUUCCGCAAGAUCAGUGAUGUGAAGCGUGAGGAAGAGGAGAUGCGGAAAAGGAAGGAUGAAGCCCCACUCAACCUUCCUCCAGAUCAUCCAGUGCGGCGUCUUUUCCAGCGUUUCCGUCAGCAGAAGGAGGCUCGGCUGGCAGCAGAGCGAGCUGAUCAGGGAGAAGUGGACAUAGAGAGAGGUUCUGUCCUCAUGGAGAAGACUAUGGUCCAUAAAUCCAACGCUACAACCAGUAUCGUCACAGUGACCGAGAGCCCUGCCACACCUGAUGUUGCUUCCUCCUCAGCUUCUUCAGACACUGCUACAAGGACCUCAAUCCAAGCCAAACUUCAUGCUCCUGUUGGCCACAAUGGCAACAAAACGGGAAGUAAAUCCACUGAACCUACCAAAGCCAAAGGUUGGGGUCGGUUUAAGGAAGCCACAGUGAAGGCGGAUCUCUCCUGGAAUGCUGUUUCCAAAGCUGAGUCCAUGGAGACCCUUCCAGACAGAACUAAGUUACAAGAAGAGCUGUCACUGAAGAAGACAGACUCCUGUGACAGCGGCAUCACGAAGAGCGACCUGCGACUGGACAACGUCGGGGAAGGGAGUGUCCGAACCCCUCAGGAACGGAGCCCCAUGCAGGCUGAGGGGAAGCGAGCUUUCUAUCCCAUUCCUGAACACAACCUGCAGGGUUCUUUGUUGGAGCUAAAGCAGGAGCUGAGAGGCGACAUCCACUACUUGAGCAACCGCAUAGCAGUCCUGGAGGCACAACUAGCUGAGAUGCUGCAACUGCUCAAAGAAAGAAAGACUUCAGGAUGCUCACACCUGUACGAAAUAUCACAACCUGGGACUCCAAACUCAGACAAGGAUAACGACAUGUUCUCGUAAACAAGCGCUCUGUGAAUAAGGUGUGGUUUUAACACUGUAAUUGUGUUUUUGGAGAUGUGAUCCAUGUGGGUGAGUGCUGAAAUGGUUCAAUUUUAGCAUUCAAAUCUAUACAAGUGUUCUUCAAAUGGGAUGUGUGGAAGGUCAUGCUAGUUAUUUACUGAGAUGUGGCCUUCAUUUUCUUUUGCCAUUGUUGAUUGGCAUUAUGUCUGUAGAAGGAUCUACAGGGCUAUUCAUCCAUACAAUGUAAAACAACUGUUAACCUUUGGUUAAAAUAUCAAAUCAUAUAUUUUUUCAGCUUUAGACAUAUUUUUUCACUUGUUUUAGGAACGAUGCAAGAUAUCAUUUAAUUUCAGCAUCUUUGCUUUACUACUUCAUGCAUUUUGUUGUCAGUUGGACCUGAAUUGUUAAGAAGGCAAUAUUAAGAAAAAAAUAUUUUUCACAAAAUAAUUUCACUGUUACAAAAAUGAAUGUCAUUCAUUGUCAAAUGGUUAAUGCAUGGCAGAUAUCUUUUUGAAAUAUUUUUUUAAUAGAAAACAACAAACAAGAUUUCAGGGUCAAUAGUGGAAUAUACAGUAAGAAGUGGUAUUGUCUUGUGACCUGUAAAACCUCCAAGAGAAAGACAUUACAAAUGCCAUUCUGAAGUGUGAAUUAUAUGGUUACUUUAGAUUUUUGUUUGUAUGACAACAUAUAGACAAAAAGAGCAACAUCAUUUGAUCAAAUAUUCAAAAAUGUUGAAAAUUGGACCGAAUUUGUUUUACAACUCACAUUUAAUAGGCCCAUCUAAAAAUAUACUUGAACAUGUUUUGAAAAUAUCAAAUAUCUGAGAUGCACUAUUAAUUCAGUUUAAUUAGUUAAUUCAAGUAAAUAAUAAGGCGUAUAAGCAAUAUGAUGAUUAUAUCUUUUUUGAAGAGCAUGCUCUGGUGGUAACAGAAAUGAAACUAUGCAUGGAUCAGGUUUAGCUUAGUCACGAUAAAUACGCAUGUUAUUUGUAAUUAUGCACUCAGUCUUUUUUAACAUGCUAACACAAUCAACAUGCUUUCUGUCUGUCAAAUCCGCCCCCACCACCCACUAUAUGUACUCUCAAUGCACUUCUGUGCUUUUAUACAGUAUAUCAUUUUGGUUUUCAAAUAACUAUUUUCAAAUGCAUUAUUUUCUGUUAUCAAAUUCAAGGUUGUAUUUGUAUAUUGAUUUCCAGUUCUAAAAAGUUAAGUGCUUUCGGAAAAAUGCUAAUUUUGCACUUAAAGUCUAUCUAGAGCAGUUUUAUAUAAUGAUUAAUAUGUUUGCAUCAAAUGAAGAUCAAGUGUAUUUAUCAGUUUGUUGAUUUUUUAUUACUUUUGACUGAGAUAUAUUCAACAGUUACUUUUGAAUUGUACAUUUGAAAUGUUUCAUUCACAACUAUAGGUGAAUCACUGCAUAGCACACCACAUAGUGUUAACUGUUCAUAACAUACCAGCUCUGCAUUCCAAUACAGUAUUUAAUAUUCCUUUGCAGUACCAAAAGGAUGGUGGAGUAGAUUCCAAUAGAAAUACAUUUGCAAGGAAGAAGCAACAAGCAGGGCUUGAAGUGAUUGAAAUAAAAGUCUGUACUUUUUUAUGGAGAAGAAUUCUGUGCCAGAGUAUAAAGCAAUCACACCAGUGAAAAAAAUAAAACAUGAAAUACAAUACAAUAUUGCUUUUCAAUAGUGACAUAUUACAUACCACACUGAAAAGCAAAACCACUGUUGUAUUACUCUUACAUCACUUGAUAUCUCUAAGGACUAAACACUAACGUGAAUGUAAUCCACUUUUAAAAACAAUCCACAGGGCUUCAUUGCAUUUCACUGUGCAGUUCAGCUAAAUCUAAUUUAAAAACAGUUAAAGACCCUUUAAGCAAUCCCAAUGGUGAAAAAAAACAACUUUAAAUAGAAUGCACAAACUGUUGCAUUUUAUUAGCCUACAUACAGAAAACGUUACACUGAAAAGCAAAAAAUUCAUUGCACUGCUCUCUCGUCACUUGACCUCUCAGUGAAGAAGAAUUAGCAGAUGAUUGCUUUUAAUAUUAAAAAGCAAUGACUUUGUGUCAUCAUUGAAUGCAAUUCCCUAUUUCACUGCAUUUCAUUUUCAUCAGUGUGUAGAAGUAGUGCCACACUGAAAUGCAAUCACUAAUCAGAGAAGUCCAUUUGUUUCUGUGGCUGAGUAUGAGUAAAGCAGAGUAUUGAGAGCUUGAGAAAUGUUUCUAUAAAAACGUAUGCACUUAAAAGAGAAAAACAUUGUAAGUCCCACUUCAAGCACUGAGUUGAAGUAGCUUCCUUUGUGAAUUGCAUUCUCAGUUUCUCAGCCAUAACAUUAAAACCACCUGCUUAAUAUUGUGUAGGCCCCCCUUGUGCCGCCAAAACAGCUCUGAACUGUCGAGGCAUGAACUUCACAAGACGUCUGAAGGCAGGCACGGACUGGCCAUUGGGAAGUUCGGGAAUUUUCCGGUCUUGUGAUGGCCGGUCUUUUUUUCCCCAACCCUGGCAUUAUACAGCCUAUAUACAGAUAUUCAAUAGGUCAUCAUAGCUGCAGCAACACGGCUGGUGCAACCCGUAAUAGAAGGUAGCAAUUGCCAUCACAACUGAAAGUAUCUACCACUCGGGCAGUUCAUAUUAGUACUACUCAUCAGUUCUUUUUUCACAUUAUAGCCUAUAAAGCAUAUAAUAUUUGAUAGCAAGGCCAGCAAUUAAAAAUGAUUUGUUAAAUACUUACUCUACAAUCUAAACAAACAGGUAAACUGCUCUGAACAAGAACGGGAAAGGAUGGAGGAGGAGUUUGCAGGAACCAGCACAGAUCCAAUUAGAAGUGCACUAUUGAAUGUUAUUGUGACUGUGAUCAUAUGAUCAGGUUGGACUACUUCAUUCAAGUUAUUUAUUGUUGCAUUACAAGAAAUAGAAUGAAUGGCAAGUAUGUUGCAUAAUACACCACAUAUGUAUUUGGCUGUGUCAGGGUUGGACUAUUCUUCAUGAAUUUAAUGAAUACAACAAUAUUUGAUGCUCAGACAGCCCAAAUGAUGCAUUUUAACAAACAGGUGAACCUGAGUCAGACAGGGAAAGUUUUGAGGAAGUCCAAUUUUUGCUUCAAUUUGUUGUUUCGUCGUUUUACAUAUUAGUUUAACACAAACAAUACAAAUAAACAGAUUGGGAUUUUUUUUUUUUAAUUAAUGAUUCAUUGAUCAAGAAACAUGUUGUGUCGGUUCAAAUUUGGUGUAUCAAUUUGGGGCCGCUUGAACGAAUCAGCAAAUUCCCUGGCUGCUUUUUGUUGCCAGUCCGCAGCUGUCUGAAGGUGUGCUGUGGUAUCUGGCUCCAAGAAGUUAGCAGCAGAUCCUUUAAGUCCUGUAAGUUGUGAGGUGGUGCCUCCAUGGAUCAGAUGUGUUUGUCCAGCACAUCCCACAGACAAUCAGAUUGAGAUCUGGGCAAUUUUGAGGCCAAGUCAACACCUUGAACUCUUUGUCAUGUUCCUCAAACCAUUCCUGAACAAUUUUUGCACCGUGGCAGAGUGCAUUAUCCUGCUGAAAGAGGCCACUGCCAUUAGGGAAUACCCUUGCCAUGAAGGGGUGUACUUGGUCUGUAACAGUGUUUAGGUAGGUGGUACGUCAACACAUCAACUUCAAGAACUGACUGUUCACUUUCUGCCACUGUAAUGAGAUAAUUAAUGUUAUUCAUGUCACCUGUCUAUGGUUUUAAUGUUAUGGCCCACCAGUGUAUAUAGAGUUGUAUUAACUAACUAGCCAACUUGUUAUAAAGCUGGCAAAGAAAUGUCUGGCCGAGAUAUGUGAGGUGUCAGAUGGAAACAAUGUAAAACACAAUUCGAAUGCUAACGACACUAAAUCCGAUACAAUGUUUUUUAAUAAUGCAUUUUUGAAUCGUUCAGGGCCAAACUUAUUAAUAGAGACCAAUUCUAGACGUUUUAGUGACGCAUACAGUAAGUGUAGCAAGCGUAGAGGGUGACUAAGACCGUGACUGCAAAUGAACACAAAUGCACCUUCCCUAAUUAACAUGUGACUGCUGCAAACCCAUAUAAACCCAUAUUAUAAACCCAUUUUCAGCAAGUUUUCCUGUCGGAGAAUAAACGUAUGAAUCUGAUAUAUUCUGCUGCAGCAUUUGUUAUUAAGUCUUAACAAGCUGAACAUCUGGAAAUAAAUGAACAGGAGUUGUGUCUACCACUCUGAAUUCAUUUGGAAACAGUAUAAUAUUGGAAAAUUCAUGUUUAAUUUUAUUACAUCUCAGCUGCAGCAAGCUGGAACAAACCUGAAGCCAGAAAGGGAACAGUGCCCGAGAGCUUCUUUUUGGUCUUGGGCUCCAAAUUGGAUUGGACUUCCUCCAAUAAAUGUAUAAUGUGUAUAAUAAUGUGACCUGGCAGACAGUACGCUCACCACAGACUUUUAUUGAUCAUUGCCAGUUACGUUUUAAAUGCUCUCUUUCUGGAAAUAACACCAGCUUUUGAUGUGUGUUAAAUAGUCACAAUGUCAGUAAUCAGUCUUAAUUAAUCGUUAAAGGUGGUUUGUUAUAAUACUCAUCUCUACCCAUUGACUCCUGUGAAUGCACAUGCAAUUAGGCAGAAGCACAAAACAGUACAUACUGCCACCUCGAUCUUAUUACAGUUGCUAAAUGUAUAAAGUGUGAUGGUCAAACAUGAACACAGUUUGCAACAGCACAAAAUGUUAGUUGUUAUACUCUUACAAUCUGUAUACAACACUGUCCUUAAUGUCUUUGGCAUUUUAAAAAGGAUUGCAUCAUGCGAGCUACUCCUGAAGUCUACCACUAUCUAAACUUGAUCACUCGGGCUGCCAAGAUGCCAUAAAGUAUUUAAACAGCCUUUAAUGGAUGUGGGGAGUCCUUCAAGAGGAAAUGGAAGUGGAAGUCAGCAAGGGAGUGUUAAACAGUGCUGGAACGCAGAGCUCGUCACAUGACUGUUUACAUGAUCAUGAGUGUGUUAAAGUGGGGAAAUCGUGGAACUGUGCAGUACAGUACACUCUUAGGGAAAUAAAAAGGAGAUUAAACAUAGAGUUCUUAGGCUUGUCCAAGUUGUCCAACUUAUCAGUGAGGCUUUCCAGUAGAACGCCUUCUUAAGAAUAUAAGAGUAUUAGCUAUCCAAAGACCCCUCAACCUGAGAGCUACUGUUUUAAAAAGCAAUGUUUAAGAAUGUGAAACUGUUUGGUUUAGUUUCAUGAAAGAAAUCUUAAAGAAUUAUUUUAAUAUACAGGUAUGUUUCAGGAAAUGUUUGUAGCAGAGCGUAAAAUGUCCACUUGUAUUUUUCACAGCAGAAUGAUAAAACUGUAAACAUAUUGUAGGCAUUAUAGACUGUAGAUCAGUUAAAGAAAUAUGCCACACUGUCAGUUAAUAAACCCAAAGACCCAAAGACAGCUGACUUGCACUUUGGUGUGUUUUCAAAAGCCAUUGUAUUGCAAGUUGAAGAUUUCACUCUACAUGAGACUGAAUUGUUACAAAAGAUCAAUUUAGCAUGACCUUACGAGCAUUUUUACCCAGUGAAAUGGAAAAGGAAUGGCAUUCUUCUCUUGCAGCUCAAACACUGCUUCAUUUUCCACACUCCUUAUUCAGUGAUACAUUCCAGUGUUGUUGAUAAAGAAUAAUGUCACUCUCACUUUAUCCUUUUAUUUUUUUUUCUGCUCUCAUUCACCUGUCUAGACAUGUAUAAACCAAAAGCACAAAGAUGUGGAUUGUUCAUGCAAAAUGUCAAAUGUUCAAAUGAACAAUUUUGUAUUUUGGAAUUGUCUUGACAUUUGUUCAUUAAAGGAGUAACAUAUCAAUCCUG